CAGAAGGAAAACACUUCCUGCUGCCCAGUGAUCACUUCCUGAAGAUCUGUUCUUACGACAGUUUAGAAGAAAUGGCGGACCGGGGUGAAUUAUUCGGCAGUGAUGGAGACAGCGAUAAUGAUCAAAGAGAAUCCGGCUCUGGAUCUGGAUCAGACUCGGAGCAGGAGAGACCUCGAUCCAUCAGUAACGCAUCAGGCAGCGACAGUGAGAGGGACCGGGAUGAUGACGAUGACGAUGAAGGCCAGGAAACAGGGAAGCCAAGCAUGAACAAGGAGCUGUUUGGCGAUGACAGUGAAGAUGAGCAGCGCAGUGGCAGCGAUAACCAGUCUGAACAGUCUGGAAACCAGUCGGAUGCCAGCAUGCAUUCAGACCAGGGGGAGAACGAUCACUCUGACGCAGAGCAGCACAGCGGGUCGGAGCACGACCAGCUGGAGGAGGAUGAAGACGAUGAAGACGUGGGUAACCGGUCGGACGCAGGGAGCCCGGCGAGCAGCGGGAUGUCCGGUGGUGGAAGUCCUCGUUCUGACAGGGGCAGUGUUCGUUCAGACAGAAGCAUGCACAGCGAUCCCAGGACUCCACAGUCGGGACCAGGCACCCCUCACUCCAACGGGGAAGCUUCUGGCAGGGAGAACCAGUCAGACGAUGAGAAGUGGGAAGGGGGCGCUAAGAGCGACCAGUCAGAGGACGAGGAGGAGAAGCGUCACUAUUCGGAUGAGGACAGGGAGAACUCUGAUGACGAGGGGCCGAGAAACAGGAAACCAGAGUCUGCAAAGGGCAGUGAUAGUGAAGAUGAUUUCAUCAGACAAAAAACCAAACCAAAAGCCACGUCGGAUUCAGAUUCAGACAGCGACGCUGAAGCGAAUAAAUCAGAAAAAACAGCCGCGGAUGAUCUGUUUGGAGAAGCUGACGACAUCUCUUCAGAUAGCGACGCAGAAAAGCCGCCGACCCCAGGACAGCCUCUGGACGGAGAGGAUGGGAUGGAGGGAGAGCAGGCCGAGGAGGAACCUGCGCCUGAAACUCGUAUUGAAGUGGAGAUCCCGAAAGUGAGCACAGACCUGGGAUCAGACCUUUAUUUUGUCAAGUUACCCAACUUCUUGUCUGUGGAGCCCAGACCCUUUGAUCCCCAAUACUAUGAAGAUGAGUUUGAGGAUGAAGAAAUGCUGGAUGAGGAGGGACGGACCAGACUCAAACUUAAGGUGGAAAACACGAUCAGGUGGAGAGUCAAACGAGACGAGGAGGGCAAUGAAACACGAGAGAGCAAUGCGCGUAUUGUCAAGUGGUCUGAUGGCAGCAUGUCCCUCCACCUGGGCAAUGAAGUGUUUGAUGUUUACAAAGCUCCUCUCCAAGGAGACCACAACCACCUGUUUAUCCGACAGGGCACAGGACUGCAGGGACAGGCUGUGUUCAAAACCAAACUCACAUUCAGACCCCACUCCACAGACAGCGCCACCCACAGGAAGAUGACGCUGUCUCUGGCCGACCGCUGCUCAAAGACGCAGAAAAUCAGAAUACUCCCCAUGGCUGGAAGAGAUCCAGAGUCGCAACGCAAUGAAAUGAUCAAAAAAGAGGAGGAGCGUCUGCGGGCGUCAAUCCGCAGAGAGUCCCAGCAGAGGAGGAUGAGGGAGAAGCAGCACCAGAGGGGCCUGAGCAGCAGCUACCUGGAGCCCGACCGCUAUGAUGACGAGGAGGAGGGCGAGGAGGCCAUCAGUUUGGCAGCAAUCAAGAGUAAAUACAAGGGAGGAGGAGGCCUGAGAGAGGAGAGAGCAAGGAUCUACUCCUCAGACAGCGACGAAGGCUCUGAUGAUGAUAAAGCCCAAAGGCUGAUGAAGGCCAAAAAGUUGGACAGUGAUGAGGAGGGCGAGGGCUUGGGCAAGAGGAAGGCAGAAGAUGAUGAAGAAACGACCACGAAAAAGGCUAAGAAAUAUGUAAUCAGUGACGAAGAGGAGGAAGAAGACGACGAUGAAUAGUUAACUUUUUUUUGUUUUGUUUUUUUAUUGUUCCCACUGUAUUAUCAGCGUUCAGUCCACAUGGCGUAAAAAUAGCCAUGUUUUGGUUUGUAUAUUUUCUUAUGACCUGUGUGUGAAUGUGUGUUGGUUUGUUUAUGAUGUGUACAGCAGAGGUGAGAAAGAAAUAAACGCUUGUCUUAUGUAACCAAA